GCGUGUUUAAUCACCUUCACGCGUGAAAUCUUCCACGACAACAAAUCAGUAGCUGACAUUAGGAACAACCGUUGUGUAGAUAGGUUUCUGUUAUAUUUAAACUGCAUUGUGUUUUUGUAGUUUCAUUAAAUUUAUUUUAAAUAAACAAUGGAGAAAAGAAAUUUAAACCUUUUUUUAAGUCUUUUUAUAGUAGUAUUGCAAAUUGAUACCAUUUUGACUGAUGCCUUACAGUUAACGCAAGAUAACUAUCAGGAUGUUUUAUCAAAAAAUAAACUUGUUUUCAUAAAUUUCUAUGCCGAUUGGUGUAUGUUUAGCCAACAAUUGGCUCCUAUAUUUCAUCAAACUGCAGAUAUCAUUCAUGAAGAGUAUCCAGAUGUAAAGUUUGGUCGUGUUGAUUGCGAAAACCAACAACAAAUAGCACUUGAAAAUAUGAUCAGUAAAUAUCCCACAAUGAAGUUGUUCAAAAAUGGCAAAGCAAUGCGAAAAGAAUAUCGCGGCGCACGUUCAGUUGAUGCAUUCACAACAUUUAUAAAACAAAAUUUAAAAGCAUCUGUAGUUGAUGUCAACAAUAAAAAUGAUCUGCACAUUAAUGAGAAAAAGAAUACCAUUGUUGCUUAUCUUGAAGGAAAAAAUGAUGCAUAUCAGAAUUUUAAUAAGAUUGCAGAUGAGAUGAAUGAAAUAGCUGAUUUUAUUGCUGUCUUAGGAGAUGCAAGUGCUCAGGAGCGUCAUAUGGGAGAAACUAUUAUAUUUAAGCCCAAGAAGACUUCUGGUGAAUCAGAGGCUGCUCUUACAGUUGCUUUAAAUAAUUACGAACAACUUAAACAAUGGGUUAGUGACAAAGCUAAUCCAUUAGUAAGAGAAAUAACAUUUGAAAAUGGAGAAGAGCUCACUGAAGAAGGUCUGCCAUUUUUAAUUCUUUUUCAUAAGCCUGACGAUAUCAUAAGCAUUCAAAGAUUCAAAAAUGCUGUAGCAAGAGAACUUUUAUCAGAAAGAGGACGUGUAAAUUUUUUAACUGCAGAUGGUACAACAUUUGCUCAUCCAUUACAUCAUCUUGGAAAAUCAAUUCAUGAUUUACCGUUAAUUGCUAUUGAUAGUUUCAGACACAUGUAUAUGUUCAAGAGAUUUGAUAACAUAGAUGUAUCAGGUAAGUUGAAGCAGUUUAUAAAUGAUCUUCAUUCAGGAAAGUUGCACCAAGACUUUCAUAAUCCACCUCCUGACACUGUUGUUGAGACACCAAAUGAAGCUGUCGAAGUUCAUCAAGAGGUACCAAAAGAAGCAACGCAAGAAGGAGGUGAUAUACAAACAAAAUAUGAUCCAGCUUCUCAAGAAAAGAAAACCGAAGGCGGAUCAGGAUCUGGUCAAGCACCUCCUCCCGAGACAGUGUUCAAUAAACUUGCACCAUCAGAAAACAGAUAUACGCUUUUACAUUGGCGAGAUUAUUCUGGAGAAUGGCGUGAUGAACUGUAAAAUAUUAUCCGUUAUUUUUUGAAAAGUUUUUUUUAAUUUAAAAAAAAAACUAUAUCAGUUGUAUAUUAUCAUGGCGAGUAUCGAUGAGUAUUAUUUUGGUGGCAAA